AUGUCGUCAGAUAGUGAUUAUGAUGAUUUUGAUUACAAUUCUAGUCAAAAUUCUUUAUCUAUUGAUUAUCAAAUUGAUCAAUUUGAACUUCGUCAUUGUAUAAAAUCAAAAAAAACUAAACAAAAAAUUAGAAAAGCUUCCUGUUCAGUAUCAAAAAAAACUCUCAAGUCUCAGCCGACUCUACUUCGAGUUAAUUGUAUAAAUUCUAAAAUUACUCUAAAAGCUGAACGAAAACCAUUUCGUUAUGAUCAUUACGUACAAGAGAAACAACCAAGUUUUGAAUGUGAUGAAGAAUUUCAAGAAACUUCAACACUUACACAUACCGAUCUUGAAUCAGAAUCUUCAAAAAUACUCACACCUGAACAUCGACAAAGUUUUUCAAGUUUUCGUCGUUAUUUCUAUCAAAUAAACCAACAAGAAAUUAAAUCAUCUUUGGAAAAAUGUUCUCAAAUCAAAAUCACUAAUAUUCGUCUUGCAUCAGUAGAUGAACAUGUUCAAAAAGAUUUUAUGAAACAAUUAAAUAAUACUUCGUAUUUUCCGAAUUUAGUUUAUCAUGGUACAGCAUUGAAAAAUAUUACAAGUAUCCUUCAUUAUGGUCUUUUAAUACCAAAUCAAGCACAUCCAUCAAAUAGCGAAGCACCAAUUAUUAAAGUAGCACAUGGUAAAGCAUAUGGAAAUGGAAUUUAUUGUAGUCAAACAGCUGUAUAUUCUUUAUCAUAUACACAUGACACCAAUACCAUUCUGAUAUGUGCAGCAAUGCCAAAACGUAAUAAAUCUGGAAUGGUUAAGAUUCAUUCAGGAAAUAUAUUAGUUGUAACUCAUGUAUCUCGAAUUAUACCAUUAUUUUUACUUGAUGUCACAUAUCUCAAUCAGUCAAAUAUCAAUCAUCCUUGCUUUGAUGAGCAGAAAAUAUUAAGAACCAAUGAAAACACGGAAAAGAAAAAAAAGAAAAUAUCUAUUGAUAUUUCAAGAAAAUACUUACGUAAAAUAUUGAAUUAUAUGAAUGACGAAAACAGAAAGCAUGAACAAUAUCAAGAACGAUCAUAUUUGACUUAUUUUGAUUAA